CGGUUUUGCCAAGAGAAGGAAGAACAAGAAAAUGAUAAUUGGCAGCACGGGUGUUCCUUUCUUGCGAAAACCACUGACAAAGUCGGCGAAGUUUUCGUCGCCGUUGUCGAACGAACGGCUACGUAGCAGCGUAAAGGCCAGUCGUGAUGGUAAACGAGACCUUGUUCGGCAAAGCGACCUCCCGCACGCGCAGUCAAGGUUCGCUCGGCCGAAAAAGUGGUGUCGUAUCGAGCGAGCAACAAUGGGACACGGCAAGUGGAAAUGAGCGGUGGUGCGGCGCCCGCGACGCCCCCACCAACGAGCUCGUGAUCGAGCGCGUGCAUGGCGACGAGCGAGCACCGGAGCAAAGCGCGUGGGCCAGUGUACGGCGAGCAAGUGCCACGAGUGGCAAGCGCAUCGGCUGCACGCACGAUCGCACCAUGGCCCGCGACGCCUCUCUGUGCCUCUGUCUUAUGCUGUUCGUCGCUACCCAACUGCCCGGCGGUUCCGGCACCGAGGUAAACAGCGAAUCCGAGCCCGAGCUCGCCAAGCUCGUCAAGUUCUUCAGCAAGCCCGGUGCUUUCAAUCAGAUGAACGAGAUAUUCGGCGAGGAGGAGCAGCCGGCGAAGAGCACGCAGUCCCUGUGCCCGGGCGGCGCGGACGGCCUGGAAUGUAGGCGCGCGGAGGCGCGACGCUCCGUCGAUUGUCCCCGAGGCGACUGCUACUGCUACAACUGCUCGAGGGCGGGCCCCGAGCUGUGGGCCUCCUGCUGUCGCGAGAGUCUGAAGUGCUGCUCGCAUUUGGCCGCGGCCUGCCGCACCUGCGACCAGCCGCCACUCCACCCGUUCUGCGCCAAGCACUUCAAGAAGUGCCUCUCGCAACUCAACGACAAGAAGCCGUUGCUGCCCUGAAAUGCCGCGUCUCGACGCGGGUCCGACGACUGCGCGGCGUCGUCGCUCACGGCCCGCCUGGCGUGCUUGCGUAACCGCUGGCGCGCAGCUAAAUAUAGCGCGGCGCGCGCUCGGGCUUCCAAUAAAAAAUCGUUUAUUGUUUAACCGAAUGACGCAGUGCCAAGUUGGUGCGCAAACCAACGCGGACGGGUCGACUUAAUUCGCGCGAGGCACCCACACUCACUGCUCCUUUCAUUCAUCCUUUCCAAACCCGUCCUCCUGACUCUCUCAUACUCGUUGUUCAACAAACUUGCUGCGCGCGCAGACAGCUCCGACAGCCCAAGGGAAAUGCGACGGUGCUCGCUCACGCUUAUUUUGCAGGAUGUCCAAUCAAGGUGACGACCAGUGGCCGUGCGUCGAUUGCCGUGUAAAAGCAAAUAGAAUGUUUCGUGAUUGCCCUCGUAAAACUGACAUUUGUUACCGAGAGACCAAUUUGUCGACGCGAAGCAGUGAAAAACUCGAGUCAUUUUCGCCUCAUAAAUAUUUUUAAAGUUACUUUUCCUUUACAAGCGAUCAAUAGUCUAUCGUGCAGUCUGAUUUUCAUAUUCAUCGUGCGAAACAUCCGAUCUCCAAUCAAAUUCUAAUUGAUUUCGCAAUUUCCUUUCUUACGAAAAUCCUCGCAGUUUUCUGCCUCCUUUCAUUCUUCGCUGUUCAAGGUGAUAAAAUGAAAUAAAGCUUAUUUGUUUUUGUAAAGAAUCGUUUCCAGAUAUUUAUAAAUUUUUUUACACACAAUUUCGUACUUAUUUUUAAAAUAAUUUUUGUUUUCUGAAUUUCCUUGCAGUUCUCAUCGACUUGUUCCAAUCAUACAUUUUACAGUUAUACUUUCCAACAGUCGCUAUUUGCGCUUCCUUUCCAUUACAUUCAGUAUUGUACAAAACACAGAGAUUCUUGUUUAAUAUUAGGUGAUUGCAAUGUA